AUGGUCUUUCUUCUCUCCUGCUUGAGUCUUGGGCCUAUAAAGCCGAGCCGCGAUGCUCCGCCGCCUUGUCUAUGCGACUCGCAAGACUCAAUCACCAUCGUCGAGAAGGUAGAAGUUGUCCAGACUCAGCGCGAGAAAACCAACAUGGAUAAAGUGCAGAGCCUCGUCCAGGCCAUCACAGAAACUUAUGCUAGGCUGGUCAAGCUCCCCGACCUCGGGCCUGGCAAGGAGAUCAACGAGCUGCUGGGCAACCUCGUUGCAGUCUGCUCCGAGAUCCACGACCAAGACACGGUCCAACAGGUUCUCAACCAUGCUGGCGUCAAGGCAGUGCUACCGUGGUUACGAAAGAUCUGCGCCGAAGCCGAGUCGUGUCUCGAGUCGCACUGGACAGCGCACAUCUUGAAAGGGAGCAGUCCGGACGAGGUAAUCACACGCCUCGAGAGCUUCCCUUACUACGCAAACUACCAAGACCUUGCCCGGCUUGAGCUGUGCGCCAUCCUCUCCGUGACGAAAACAGCGCCCAGCCGAAUCGCCUUCAUCGGCUCCGGCCCGCUGCCGCUCACGUCACUGUGUCUGCUCGACGCGCUAGAGAGCGGCGCCACAGCCAGCGGCCUGCCGCCGCCCCCACAGCAAAAACAACCGUCGCGAGUCGUGCUCAACAUCGACUUCAGCGAAGCCGCCAUCGCCGCGUCGCUGCGCCUGUGCCUGGCGCUCGGCGCACGGGGCGCGGGCAUGGAGUUCUUGUGCGCGGACGCGGCGUCGACAGCGCAGAACUUGGCCGAGUUCGACGUCGUGUACAUGGCUGCGCUGGUCGGCAUGUCGCAGGCCGACAAGGAGGUCAUCGUGCUGCACGUCGCCGGCCGCAUGCGGCCCGGCGCCCUGCUGCUCGUUAGGAGCGCCUGGGGCCUCAGGACCUGCCUGUACCCCGAGGUCGAGCUGGCCACCGAGGGCCUCCUGCGACGCCUCGAGCCGUGCGUCGUGGUGCACCCGUACGGCCAGGUCGUCAACUCGGUUCUUGUCGCCAGGGUCAGAGGAGACGACUCGCGGGAGGGAGACGUUCGCAAGGGCCCGUGA